AUGCUUCGUCGAUAAUGCAAAGAAAUUUCUUUUUAUUAUGCUCAUUAUUAUCUAAUACUAUUUAUAUUUAAAAUUCUUAUAAUAAACUUAACUUAAUCUACAAAAUAUGCGAAUAAUAUGAAAUAUUUGAAUAAUAAAAGAUUGCAUAUAAUGCUAAGUUUUAAAUUUCAUAGUUAUCUAGAUUGGCUGUAAAUCCAACAAGAACUGAUAUUGGGUUAAAUAUACCAGAAAAUAUCACAUCAUAAGAGUUGUAAAAAGAUUUAUAAAAAAUGGCUAAAACAAUUACUCUACCAGAGGAAAUGA